AGUCGAACAAAAUAACUACAACACAUUCUCCUGAACACCAUGCCAAUAGAAAGGUAGAUGAUCCAACAUGCCUAGGGAUCGACCCGCAACAACGGGCUACGCUCGAAUAGCCCAGGCCGAAGAAUCGGACUCAGAAAAUGAUGAUCUGGCAAACAGCUAUGCCUCCCUCCAACCAGCAGGCGCACCACGCUUUGCAUCCAUCACACAACCCCGCGCCCAUGGUGGCAUGUACACAGAUGGAGCGAACUCUCCGACUACCUCACGCAGACCUCGAAAUCGGAGACGCAUGCGGAGCAAUUCCUCGGGCGUAGAUAUCAAGGCUAUCAAUGCAAGGCUGGAACGAUGGGCGGAUGAAAUAGCUUCGAAGUUUAAGAUCAAUAAGGUCAAGGGCAAAACGGAAGAAGAAGAGAAGCUGGAGAUACACCAUUCUGUUUUUCAGGCUCCAGAUGGCAUACGGCCUGCGACGGCCGAAACACUGGCCUCCGAUGCUGAUAAUGGGAGGAUGACGAAAGCGGAGUUCGAGGAAGUCGUGGAGAGUGUUCGAAUUGCCAUUGAGCAGGGAAUGCAUCCCAAGAUGAUUACACAGGGUAGUUCCGGGAGCUACUUCGCGCGGAACAGUGAUGGUAAGGUUGUUGGUGUCUUCAAGCCCAAGGACGAGGAACCAUAUGCGGCGGGCAAUCCUAAAUGGAACAAAUGGAUUCAUAGGAAUCUGUUUCCAUGCUUCUUCGGCAGAGCGUGCCUUAUUCCCAAUCUCAGCUACGUCUCCGAAGCUGCUGCAUAUACACUGGACUGCCGGCUGCGGACGAAUCUCGUCCCUUACACAGACAUUGUACAUCUCUCCUCGAAAUCAUUCCAUUACGACUUUUGGGAUCGGCGGAAUUUCUACAGAAAGAAGAAGGCAUUUCCGCCGAAGGUUGGCAGUUUUCAGGUAUUCUUGAAGGGUUUCAAGGAUGCGAAUAUUUUCUUGCGAGAGAAUCCCUGGCCGGAUCAUCUCAGUGCAGGCUACAGACCUUCAGAUGCUCCAAGGAGAAAGAACAAAGCAUGGAGAGAGACUUGUAGACCUAAUGGCGCUAGGUCAGACGACGAAGAUGAUGAAACAGAGAACAACCCUACACCUCCUUUAGAUGGACAGAAUAGACGUUUCAUUUGGACAGACACACUUCAACAGUCUUUUAGGGAAGAGCUCGAGAAGUUAGUCAUUUUGGAUUACAUUAUGCGGAACACGGAUAGAGGAUUAGACAACUGGAUGAUAAAGGUGGAUUGGGAGACCCAGGAUGUCUCUAUUGUGUCCGAGCCUGUUCAGAUGAAUCCUCGGGAGGAGGAGCGUUCACCGCGAUUGGUAUCGGCGGACAAUUUGGGGGCUCAUCCAUAUCGUGUUCAGCAGCCCAUGGAAGCUACUAGCAGAUCUGCAACUCCUUCGAAGGUUGGCGGCCCAACAAUGUCCAUUGGCGCCAUUGAUAACAGUCUUUCCUGGCCGUGGAAACAUCCAGAUGCGUGGAGAAGUUUUCCAUUUGGUUGGCUCUUCUUGCCAGUAUCACUUAUUGGCCAGCCGUUCUCUCAGAAGACUAGGGAUCACUUCCUACCACUUUUGACCUCCAAACAAUGGUGGAGCGAGACUCAACUAGAACUGAGGAAAGUCUUCAGUCAGGAUGCCGACUUCCAAGAGAGGAUGUUCGCGAGGCAAAUUGCAGUCAUGAAAGGGCAAGCAUGGAAUGUUGUCGAAACCCUCAAACUGGCUGAUCAUGGACCCCUUGAGUUGACCAGGAGAGCUCGUGUCUGUGUCUGGGAUGACCUUGUGGAUAUCCCAGUUGCAGUACCCCUGCGUGUCCCGUCUGCAGAAAUGCGGAGGAGACAUGAUCUGGGGCUGAACAAAGAUCUCCACGAGACUGAAGAGAUGGAUAUCAGCGCAGCCAACUCCUCAGCACCACCACCUGCCGACCUACUUGGCCUCGGUCUUGCAAGUCCAUCGACAGAGCUGCCAAAUCCCAAUCGUUUCAGUCUCUCAAGUCCGAGAGCAAGCCAGGAGAUCUCAUCACCUCCAGCUGCAGAUUCUACCAUUCAAGCAGAUAGCCGUAAGAACAGUCAGGUCAAAUUCUCAGACCGUCCAAUAUACAACCAUUCUCGAGCCCGGAUGAGCUACGAUGGACCACCGAGAUCACCAGUCGCCACCCGGGAGAGACGAUUUUCUUUCACCAACCGUAGCCGAAGAGGACCGGUGUUGUACGAUGACGAUCUGGAAGGCGAUCUGGGGUAUGCGGCUGCAGAAGGAAUGGAAGGCAAUCAGCGGAAGGUUAUUGUAGAGCGGCUGGAGACCGUGAAGAGUAAAAACCCGGUGUUUACAUGGUGUUAGAUGAAAAGAGAGUAAAUUGGUUCAGUUGUAUCAUAACAAAGAAUAGGGUUGGGAGUACAUGAGGCGAGGCGUUGGUUGAUGCGUGUUGCAUACGGCUCUAGAUACUCAGCAUGCAUGUAUAAUUGAAUUGGGUGUUUCGGUUUUCUUUCAAGGCAUUUGUUGUCUGCUUGUAAGACCUCCUGCAGUUACUGGAGAGAUGGUCAGUCUCUCAAGUCCAAGACCUGAUCAUUUUACCCAAACUGAUGUCGACUCUUCCAGCCCCAAGUCGUACAACACGGAUGCGAGGUCUUCAAUUGACAAAGACAAUUUGCCCACGUUCAAGGAAGUCAAGCUUCGAAAAUACGAUACGCGUGCGAGUAUAUGAGACAAGCCCGUACUCCUUCUUCCCUCUCUCACGACCGAUCAUCUAGUAGCUAGCUAGCUGAUAUCACAAUGUCCUACGAUUCAACUCACUCGUCACGAAUGGUAGACAUACCUUCCAUGGUGUCUGCUAAAUUUUUCUGUUCUGUUGCAAUUCUUACAAAGCAGUAUCCGAGAUACAUCUGCAGCGCGCCAACCUGCACUUUGCCACCUGUGAGUCGAGUGUGAAUGACGGAGUUCCGCUCAGAGGUGUGGAUGGGCUACUGUGAAAAGGACGAAGAGGCUUCAUGGCAGGGUGGCAAGAUCGAGCCUUGAGUAGGUCUGUUGGCACGGCAACUUACCUUCUUUCUGUUUGCACAGGAAUUCCCAGCUUCUUGAGAUUCUUGAUUCGAUACUUCGUGACCAGGCACAAGAAGAAAGACAACCUGCGCUUCACAUCACUGCUUCUCUUUGCUGCUCCUAUCACUACUUGUCAACGUUACCGAGGACUAUUUACAACGUGGCAAACUCGCAAGGCUCGGUCUCGACUUGCACUUAAAGACAAUUCUCGGUGUUUGAAAGCCAAGACGAACUUAAGUACCAUUGUCCAGGUUUCAUUUCGCCUUUCCCGUCUUCUUCGUCCUCUCUAGGUGAAAUGCCCCGCCGUUCACCUCACGCAACACAACGCCUUCUGGGAUUCUCCUGUAGGUAGCUCGCCAAGAGACAAGCCAAGAUACCUACUAAUGCAUCUCCUACCUCGCCUCUCGCCUCUCGCAUCUCACGCACUGGUAUUCGUUCACCUAAGCGCCUGUGACUGGGAUUGGCUUGUGUAUCUACUUACUUCCGGCCGUAAGUAUCCAUGAAAAUCACGCAGUCCUUGUACAUUAUCUAGGAAACAGACGAUAAGGGGGGGGGAGCGGGGCUUGAAUAGAGAAUCUCUGCAGUGUCGAUCUUUUGCCGCGCUCUUGUUUCAUUCACACGACGACUGGAAAUCCGGAAGGUUAUUGGGAGAAAAUACGAUACCCGAUAUCCCGGGCGACUUCUUCUGGGACGUCAAAAGCAAAUACCUUGCCCGUACGCACGAGGCGAGGACGAUGGGAGUUGCGGGUCUAUGCAUAGGAUGAUAUUAAAGAUCUUGGAGUUUUUUCCGGUGAGUAAGAGGUCAAGUAGGAAGAUAUCAAACGUUCCAGUAAUUGGCGAAGCUAGACUAGUUGAAGUCUACAACUUCGUUCCUUGGCGUAUGGAAUGUUCAUCCCAUCUAGGGUUCACUACUCUGAAGUAACAAUCCAUUCCUUUUUAUACUUUCGCGUUCGGCUUCUAGUGGGGGACUGGCAUAUUGUUGCCUCCUUUAAGACUGGUGUGGCACAAUGCUAGAUUGGAAUCCUAAUUUGAGGAACACUUUGAGAGCCAUUUUACGAACAAGCAGUACCUAGUAGAAAGUCACCGAGAUACAAGUCGCAGUUCUGCAUUUCCAAAAUCCCAUUGGAGGCAGGGUCAUGCAGCAUUGCAUCAGUAUUCAUGGACAUUUACGUGAAAUUCCAGUGCAAAAACUGAGCGUGCCCUGGCUAUGCUGCUCCUGUAGGAGACGAGAGGAGCUCCGUAUUCUCUCCCUCACUUCUUUCGCGCUCUAGACCAGACAUCCAUCUACCUGCAUCUGUGUGUGGUUCGGAGAUACGACAAGUAGCGUACCCAAUCCCGCAACCAAGGACCACGAAGCACGAGUUGAAUUCCAUAAACUUAUGUCCGGAUGUACUCCGCCGAACUGCGUGUGGGUGUGGCCAUGGGCCAUGGUUGUAGCGGAGCGCGGGCGGAUUCCAUCACGACCCCGCCACACUCACGCUACCUUACAUACCUUACAACUCUGUUACUGUAACUCCGUACAGACCUUGUUGUGGGCAGGGCGCGCGCGCAGCAUCGAACCAGGGACGUUCGGAUGCCUCGCACAGCAAGCAUGCAUGCGUGUGAUUCCAGUCAGAAGGUCUUCAAAUUCGUGUUCACUGACGUACAAGGCGCUCCCCUUGUUGCGAUUGUAAAUGCAUGCCAAAUACACUGAUAGGCAGGCGACGAUCACUUCUCUGGUGUCAGGAACACUCAGGAUCCCAAAGCACGAGGGGAGGUAACUUUCCUCCGCCCUGGAUGUGACGAGUAGACGAGAACCUUUGUGCGCGGUGCUCGGAGGAUAAAGAAUUGCGGAUUCGCGUCGGUCGGGGUCUUGGGUGCUGGUGACGCAAGUUAACCCCCCUGAGCCAGAGAACGCGACGGAAGGCAAGGCUGCGACUUGCUUCCUACCUUAGCAUGGGCGACCAGGCUGUCAACAGGGCUCCAGCUUCCCAGCGAGUGCCGGAAAGGCUGGAGAUGGUUGCGGGAUUUGUGGAAGUUUUAACUUUUUUAAUUCUCAUGUUUGGGUUUUGUGUUUCAUCACGAUAAUGGUUGCGAUAGUACGGACUCGGGGAGAGAAGAUUUGGUAGUAUUCAAUUUUUUGGAUUCGUUCCACCACCGCGAUUCAGUAAAGUACCGGAAGUAACUGCUAGAAGACGAGUG